AUUCUACAUGUAGGCCUACUGCUUUUUGUUGAUUUUGUUUUUUAGGGCUAUUUCCUUUUUGUACACACCAUUUCGGAAUUUCCCGAUAGGCUAAUGACGUUUUUUAAAGAUCUAAAUAGCUUCUUUACGUCAGUGUGUAGGAGAGCUACUUCCUCCCGUACAGCUGAUUGGUAUCGAUACUCACCAAAUGAGCCAAUGUUCAAAGUCGUUUUGACAUUUUAAUGCGAAUAAACAUUUAAAAAAAGAAAAGAAAAGAGGCAGCUUUCUUUUCUCGUUUUACCACAAGAGUGGAUCGCAUUCUGACAACCGAAAACGCUACAAGAAAACAAUGAAAAGUCUCCGAAGGAUUAUCAUUUUAUUAUUUUUACAAGGCUAAAACAAAUGUUGUCAAUACCCAUCAUCAAAUACCAUGCCUCUUGAUUUUACCUAGGAAACGAACAUUUUUUUCACUAAGACCUUCCCUUUUUCAUAUUAGACUGAAAAAUGUAAUAGGUAUACAGGCCAACUUGUAUUAUUGAUUCGUCCUAUAAUAUCAUGCGUGCAGUUUCUUGAAAGAAGGCAUUCGCAAGUUCUUAUUGAAAACCGCCCAGUUUUAACAUAGAGUGGUUUCAACAAAACCAAAAUAUUGGUAUCGAUGUGUGUCACACUACCCGACUCUAAGGUCAGAGUGGAUAAAAGAUGGCAGCCCCCAUGAUGGACCCAUAACCUUCAAUACAUUCAUUGGUGUUCUAAGAAUCUUUUGAACGUCUUCCCCGUUUCACUUUUACUACUUUGAACUUCAGAGGCAACAUUUUGCACUAUUAUCAAAAUGCCAGUGCGUUAUAUUGGCAGGGACCCAUUUUUCAAAGGAAAGUCUCUGUAUGAAAUUUGUAGACAACUACGAAACCUGGGUGAGGGGAGGAUUGUGACCAGGACAAGCUUUGAAGAGAAGUGGCCAACUCAGAAAACUUACGUUAGGUUGACUCAAGUAAUCCCAGACAUGUCAUGUCCGGGCCCCAGAGAACCGUCGGUGAACCAGGCGUGGGGCUUUCUCGUGUACCGCGGCGAGGAGGUGGGCGAGGUCAGGCUAACGGCCGGCCACAAGCCGGACUGGAGGCUCAUCCCCAAAGAAGAAGAGGCAGAUUUCUGCCGCAUCGCUGCGGAGACUGCGGAGACUGUGGAGAAAGAGACGGUGCCCAAACGCGUGGCGUGCCCGCCCUUGCUGGAGAUGGUGCAGAAGCAGGAGCUGAGCGCCCGCGGGGAGGCGGUGCCGGACCAGAUCCAGAUUCCCUAUGUGGGCGUGCGGCCCCUCAAGGAGAUCAAAAGACAUUUGGUGUAGAGAGAGAAAGUAGAGGUGAUCGCUGGUCGGCUGUGUUGUUUGUUUGUUCAGGCGCGAUGGGCAGCUGUUCAAAUGUACUAGGCCCAAAAUUUUGAAUUUGUAGAUUUAUAUUGCAGUUUCUGCUGCUGCCCAAAAUUUUGAAUUAAAAAAAAAUUGCAGUUUCUGUGGUACCCAAAAUUUUGAAUUAAAAAAAAAUUGCAGUUUUUGUGGUAUCGGUUUCAUGUGUUCAAGAAAUAAUUUGUCGAAAAUCGAAUUGUAACUUAUUUUGAGUGUUGAAAAAGAAAAAGACAGAAAAAUUGCAUUCUCAAGGUAGGCUACAGUAGCUAAAAGUGAAUGAAACACUUUUCUUUUUUUUCCCUCUCUGUAAAUUUUGCUUUCUGGGCGUAAUGCAUUUUAACAGCUAGUCAACAAUGUGUGAAUGGGCUCGUGAUUAUUACAAGUGAGGUGAUUUGAAAGCAGUUUGGUUGUGAAAAAUGCAGUUGUUUGAUGAAUGAGUCUGAUGCCAUGAUUAGUUUUAUUGUGUUUUUCUGUGCUUCAACUUCUUGUGAGAUUUUUUUUUUACCUUGGUUUACGUUGAUGAUAACAUUAAAAGAAAAAAUAAUACUUU